GGGGGGGGGGGGGGAAGGCGCGUGCGGCUCUGCCCGGUUACAGCGCGGGGAGGGCGCGCAGCGGCGGCGCCGCAUCCCGCACGGGUCGCUGGAGCGACUGCAGCUGGGAGGAAAAGAUGUUUGGCUUUCAUAAACCGAAGAUGUACCGGAGUAUAGAAGGCUGCUGUAUUUGCAGAGCUAAGUCUUCCAGUUCUCGUUUCACUGACAGCAAACGUUAUGAGAAGGAUUUCCAGAAUUGUUUUGGGCUCCACGAGGCCCGCUCAGGAGAUAUUUGCAAUGCCUGUGUCCUUUUGGUGAAAAGAUGGAAAAAAUUGCCAGCGGGAUCCAAAAAGAACUGGAAUCAUGUGGUAGAUGCCAGGGCUGGACCCAGUCUUAAAACAACAUUAAAACCAAAGAAAAUGAAAACUCUGUCUGGAAGCAGAAUAAAAAGCAAUCAAAUCAGCAAACUGCAAAAGGAAUUCAAGCGGCACAAUUCUGAUGCCCACAGCACCACUUCGAGUGCCUCUCCAGCUCAGUCACCCUGUUACAGUAACCAGUCCGAUGAUGGCUCUGACACAGAGAUGAGUGCUGGGUCCAGCAGAACACCAGUUUUCUCCUUCUUAGAUCUCACAUAUUGGAAAAGGCAAAAAGUCUGCUGUGGCAUUAUUUACAAAGGGCGUUUUGGAGAAGUCCUCAUAGACACUCAUCUCUUCAAACCUUGCUGUAGCAAUAAAAAGUCUUCCACUGAAAAGCCAGAACAAGAAGGACCACAAUCUCCAGCAAUUUCCACCCAAGAGGAGUGGUGACUUCCUUGGAUAGCUGCAGAAGGUUAUACAGAUCCUCUUAUUCUCUGGAAAAAUACUAGAAAAGUGACUGUUCACUUUGGACACCUGCUAUGCUGCCAAAAGACUAUUCCCUAGAACUGUUUUGGGUUUUACUGCUACGAUUCCACAAACUCUGAAGCCAGUUUUUAUCUUUUCAGAAAGACUGUACAUAAUAUUUAAGAUGCUAUGGAACACUUAGCAAAGCUGAAUGCUGCUGCAAGGUUGUCUAAUCUUUUCCCCUUCUCUCCCACUCGCUUCACAAGUGAAUGUGAGGAUGGGAGUUUAUAUAUAAAGUGUAUGUAGUUCAUGUUUCUGUAUUAAAAGAAGCAGUGGGUGUAAGGCAUUUUUUUCAAAGUUGGUUGGAACCUCCCUUAAAUCCCCAAGAAAAUAUUUCAUUCUUAGACAUGUAUGAGUCAAUAAGAUGAACUAAUACAUAGAAAUAUUAUAAGUCACUUCUCUAGUUAUAUAAAUAUCUAUUUUUAAAGGUGUGGAGAUUUCGCCCUGUACUACUGACGUAACAAAGACAAAUAUUUCAUCCUUCCUAUGUGACACAGACUGGUGAACUGCAGACAUCUCUUCUGCAAGUGGUAGUUAUCCAAGAAGGCCCCCAACAUCAAGUGCUCUUUGAAAAGGGAUGGGAGAGCUCUUCCCCUUAGCUAAGGAGGAAGGUUUACCUAAGAACUGAACAUGGCAAAAUGGGAGGCUACUUUGUUUUAACCCAGCAGCAGACACCCUGGGCUUCAUGUAGUAACUGACCGGCAAUUAGAGGUGGACCAAAAAAACAUCUUGAUGUCCAAGUCCGCUGUAGAUGAUGGCCAAAACUGGCUAAAUGGUCACUGUUGGCCCAGUGGGGCUGAGAUGUGACCACAGACCAAGUUUCCUACUGGUUUUGGACCUGUCAUAGAACCAAACCCCUCACUAAACAAACUAGGCUCUGGUCCAGGAACAUAAUCUGAUUGCAGCCUGAGGUCUAGGUUCCCGAUUCUGGUUUGGAACCUUUCCCUUGCAGUGCUUCUCUGUUCUGAAAAGUUCUGUUAAGAAUGGUGCUGUAUUGAAUCGAGGCAGCUGUUUGCAUAUGUGAUCAAAAGAUAUUUCUUACAUGGAUUCUCAGACAAACUUGUGUGCAAACCAUUGUGACACUCCUUCAGACUCCACUUUACCUGUAGGGUGGAAGCAGCUUCCUGGAAGAGUGUACUGCAUUUUUAGCUCCGGAUUGCUUCAUGUUCCUUUUAUGAAGGUUUAACUUCUAGAAGUUGGGAAUUCUGCUCUUUUGUUUGUUCUUAUUUUAGAUUUCUCUUACUGUUACUUUUUUGGGAUGUUCUAGAUGGAUUGCUACAAGCUUUCCUUUUUGAGAGUCUUCAGCAUAAUACAGUGGUGGAUAGGGUUUAGAACUGAAUUUUCAUGUAAUUUCACUUCCUGAAAUGGGAAUGCUUAGCAAAUGAAAAUAUAGGUAGGGAAAGAUGCAGGUUUUAAGAGGAGCCUUUAACCUCAAAGCUCUUUUUUUUUUUUUUUUUUCCUUUUUUUUUUUUCCUUUUCUUUUUUUUCCCCUCUCCUUCCAUUGGGCAAGCCAGCCUCUGGAGAGAAAGAACAUCAGGGCAAACAGGGCUUUGACUUAUAACAGCCUUAUAGCUUUAGAGCCUUCAUUGGUUUUAUUUUGCUUUUUCCUAAACUCUCUGAGAUUCUGAAUGGAGGACAAAGCUGCCUACCUUGUGUUCCAUCUGCAACCAAACAGAAUCAUAGUAUCAUUUAGGCUGGAAAAGACCUUUAAGAUAGAGCCCAACCAUUGCUAUAAUGGAUGCUUGCUUGCUUAAUGACUUGACUAGGUUGGUCAUGUCCGAUAAGGGCUUGAGCAAGAGUUCUACCUGUUUUUGCAGACACCUGCUUUCAUUUGAAUUUGUGUUUUCAGCAUCAGUAACUGUACACCUAAGGCUGCAGUAUUGGUGGUAGGAUGUGCUCUGAUAUGGAUCAUCUCUUCUGUAUUUAUUUAUUUAUUGCUAGAUUUCAACCGCCAACUGCUUCCUCUACUCCCUCCCACCUCUUCCAUUCCCGGUAGUAAUGCAAAAUGAACUGUAUGUAGUCAUGCACUUUGUAUUAAUGUAUUAGAAAUCUAUGGAACCUGUUUUGUACUUUUAUACUGUUGAGACUUGUAAUCCAAACUUUUUUUUUACUAGGUUAAUGAAUAAAU